CUCUGCGCUCGUGCGCUUGGCGCGCGGUGGUCUCCUCACCACUUGGGGGCCCACAGUCGGGCCCUGCGGUGGGGGCGCGGGACCGCCCGCGGAGGCCUGAGCUAGAGAUAGGGCCCGGGGUGGUCGGGGAGGAGGCGUGGGUUUCCGGAGGCCUUGCCAAAGGGGCGAGGGCAGUGGGGCCCUGAAGAAGGCGGCGCGCCGGUACCAAACGGCUGAGUGCCGGAGGGGAGCGCGGGGCUGGGGCCGGCGGUUACCGACUCGGUCAGCAGAGCCGGUCUUGGAGGUGAGGGAGCCUGUGAAUGGGUAUCGUGCCCCUUGGUGCGCCAGGCCUGCGCUUCGCGUGGCGAGUUGAGGUGUCCUCGGGCCCAGGCUCCCGACUCCAGAAACAGGCCGAGCAGCCGGGAGCGAGCCCGCCUUCGCCCGGGAGAAGCCGGACGGAGCCCUGCGAGGGGAGCGCGAGCCCCCACUGACCGCCUGCUCUCUCCUAGUUAGACUCCGGCCUUGGAAAAGAUGGAAGGCGAGGGGCAGCCGGGGUCGGGCCCGCCCGCCGAGGGCCUGCUCGCCGACGGGCACCUGAUCCUGUGGACUCUGUGCUCGGUGCUGCUGCCCGUGUUCAUCACCUUCUGGUGUAGCCUGCAGAGGUCGCGCCGGCAACUGCACCGCAGGGACAUCUUCCGCAAGAGCAAGCACGGGUGGCGGGACACGGACCUGUUCAGCCAGCCCACCUACUGCUGCGUGUGCGCCCAGCACAUUCUGCAGGGUGCCUUCUGCGACUGCUGCGGGCUCCGAGUGGACGAGGGCUGCCUCAAGAAGGCCGACAAACGCUUCCAGUGCAAGGAGAUCAUGCUCAAGAGUGAGGGCAGGGCCCUGGAUGUCAUGCCCCACCACUGGAUCCGAGGCAACGUGCCCCUGUGCAGUUACUGUGUGGUGUGCAAGCAGCAGUGUGGCAGUCAGCCCAAGCUCUGCGAUUACAGGUGUAUUUGGUGUCAGAAAACAGUACAUGAUGAGUGCAUGAAAAAUAGCUUAAAGAAUGAAAAGUGUGAUUUUGGAGAAUUCAGAAAUAUCAUCAUUCCACCAAGUUAUUUAACUUACAUUAACCAGAUGCGAAAAGACAAAAAAACAGAUUAUGAAGUGCUAGCCUCCAAGUUUGGAAAACAGUGGACCCCAGUAAUAAUCCUGGCCAACUCCCGCAGUGGAACUAACAUGGGAGAAGGACUGUUGGGAGAAUUUAGGAUCCUGUUAAAUCCAGUCCAGGUUUUUGAUGUAACGAAAACUCCUCCUUUCAAAGCCCUACAACUUUGUACUCUUCUUCCUUAUUAUUCAGCUCGAGUACUUGUUUGUGGAGGAGAUGGGACUGUGGGCUGGGUCCUGGAUGCAGUUGAUGAAAUGAAGAUUAAGGGACAAGAAAAAUACAUUCCACAAGUUGCAGUCUUGCCUCUAGGAACAGGCAACGAUCUGUCCAAUACACUGGGUUGGGGUACAGGUUACGCUGGAGAAAUACCAGUUACACAGGUCCUAAGAAAUGUAAUGGAAGCAGAUGGAAUCAAACUAGAUCGAUGGAAAGUUCAGAUAACAAAUAAAGGAUACUACAACUUAAGGAAGCCUAAGGAAUUCACAAUGAACAACUAUUUUUCUAUUGGACCUGAUGCUCUCAUGGCUCUCAAUUUUCAUGCUCAUCGUGAGAAGGCACCAUCUCUGUUUUCUAGCAGAAUUCUUAAUAAGGCUGUUUAUUUAUUCUAUGGAACCAAAGAUUGUUUAGUGCAAGAAUGUAAAGAUUUGAAUAAAAAAAUUGAGCUAGAACUGGAUGGUGAGCAAGUACAGCUGCCUAAUUUGGAAGGCAUCAUUGUUCUGAACAUUGGCUACUGGGGUGGUGGCUGCAGAUUAUGGGAAGGAAUGGGAGAUGAGACUUACCCACUAGCCAGGCAUGAUGAUGGUUUACUGGAAGUCGUAGGAGUGUAUGGGUCGUUCCAUUGUGCUCAGAUUCAAGUGAAACUCGCAAACCCUUUUCGAAUAGGACAGGCACAUACAGUUCGGCUGAUUUUGAAGUGUUCGAUGAUGCCAAUGCAGGUAGAUGGAGAGCCAUGGGCCCAGGGUCCCUGCACUGUCACCAUAACUCACAAGACACAUGCUUCAAUGCUGUAUUUCUCUGGAGAACAGACGGACGAUGACAUCUCUAGUACUUCAGAGCAAGAGGACAUAAAGGAAACUGAGUAGAUAAAUGAGAAAAUGAAAACUUAGUAUAGCAUCUGCACAAGCCAGUAGAUAACAUGUUCAUCCAAAAGCAGAAAUUCUCUAUCAGCUAUUCAGUCUUAAUUUCACUCAUAGUAUAAUGGAUAUACAUGUAAGGGCUGGGAUCUAGCUCAGUGGUAGAGUAUUAACCUAAUGCAUGAGGCGCUGGGUUCAAUCCCCAUCACAGCAAAAAAAAAAAAAAAUACAGUAUUUAAUGGGUACACAUUUAUGUAAAUAGCAUUCCCAAAACAGUCAAACUUCCAGUUAGUACAAAAUGCCUAUUCUCUUUUCAGCAUACUUUGACCAUGUUACUAACUUUGGAAAAAUCACUAAAGAUUACUUGAACAUGAAAUGUUUUUCAUGGUUAUAUAUUUUGAGAGUGAAGCUUACUCUGAAAUACGCACUCUCAUUCCUUAAUCUUAAAUAAAAUAUUUGAUGGACAGGAUGUGGGUAGAAAGAUCAUUUCCAUCUUAAUUUUUAAUGUGGUGACACCAUAUUGUUUUAAAAAAAUAGCUUGCUGUUUUGAAUGGAAAUGGUUCAUGUCAAACUGGAAUGGUGAAUGCUAGGCAGUCUCCUGCAGCAUGCUUUUUCAAACCCUUAAAGGAGAAAUGUAAAAGAAAGACAAUGAUCAAAAUUUGCUUAAAGUGUUAUAAUUUUUAUUGUUUGGUCAUUUUUAGACUUCUAGAUACUGUUUAUUGUUUGAUAUUAAUCCUGUCCAUGACCAUGUUGAGCUAAAGUUCAGUAUUUUUUCAUUUUGUUUUGUUUUUGUUUGCAAUGCUAGGGAUUGAACCCAGGUGCCCACGGAUUCUAAGCAAGCUCUCUACCACUGAGCUACACCCCCAACCCAAGGAUCUUUUUUUAUAUCAAAAGAGAACCAGAUAGGGGGAUUAAUCUAAAAUAAGAUUUAGAGCGUUUUGGAUUAAAAGCUACAGGUUCCAACAAUUUUAAAAAAAAAAUGGUUAAAAGAAACUUACUGAUCAGAUUAAUUGCUCAAAAAUGUUCAAGACUAACUCAUGUUUUCAAUAUUCAAUGGUCUUCUAAGAUUUUAAAAUAGGGUAGUCUUUCAUAUUUAAAACUCUUAAAAGAAUUUCUCAGUGGGGAGGUAAGUGGACAGAAACCACUGCUAAAAUGUUUAUUAUGUUCUAUUUAUUUUAAAAUGAGAGAUAUAUUUUUAACUUAUUUAUUAUUUACCUUGUUGUGUGAUACUUGUGUUUAGUGUUUACACUGUGUUAUAUAGUUUUAUUUAAUAAGUUAAAUUGGUCACAUAAAUGAUCCUAGUUAUAAUUAGAUAAAAAUCUGAAGUCAGGUGCAGUGGCACACAUCUGUAAUUCCAGAGAUUUAGGAGACUGAGGCAGAAGGAUCAGAAGUUUGAGGCCAACCUCAGCAACUUAGUGAGACCCUUUCUCAAAUUUUAAAACAGGACUGGGGAUGUAGCCCGGUGGUAAAGUGGCCCUUGGUUCAAUCCCCAGUCCCAAAAAAUAAAAAAUACAUGUAAUAAAAUCCUAGUUUAAUUCUCCCAGAAAUAUUACCUAAAUAUUCUCAUUCCUCUAUGUUUAAAGUGGGUAGGGCAUGAAAAGCACUGGCAAAGUGCUUUUGGAUAAAUGCAGACAUUGUCCCUCAAUACCAAAAACUUAUGAGGGGCAGUUCCAUGGCUGCCUGUUAGAGGGUGCUCUUCUGCCAUUUUUAACCAGCUUUACCCUAAGGGUCUGCAGUUGGGCACACCCAGUGGGCCUCCAGCCUCGUGUUUUUCUGACAAAUGGCCUAUUUGUGGGCUUAAUGGUCUUUCAUGACAGUAAUCUCUGAAAAACUAGAAAAUCCCAGUGGCUCCCUUUAAGGGUCUGCUAUGACCCACAUGAACCAUAAACUUCAAUUUGAGUCACCCCAGGCCCAGACCACAUUUUGAAAGAACUUUGUAAUGUAUGCAGUAAUCAGUAUGUUAUGUAAAAUACUUUUACAUUGUUAAAUUAACCUCUUUCAGAUGUCCACAUGUGAUGCUAAAUUCUAGUAUUGAAAGAUUUUGUACACAAGUCUACUUUCAACUUAUUCAGGCACCUUUCACAUCAGGUAACCAUGGCAGACAUAGUGGGAGAGUUUUGAAGAUUUUCUUUUAUGGGCUGAUCAUGUUUUGAGUAUAAUGAAGUUUAUCCUUUAAUUCAUGAUCAAAGUUUUUAUAGUUACCACACUUUAUUAAUACAUUGUUAUAUUUACUUUGUUGUAGGUUAUACCUAUAAUUCAUAGUGUUAAUUGUAAUCGAAGCAAAGUAAAUAGUUUGGAAUAUCAGAAUUAAAAUAAUCAAAAUAACUAUAAUUUUUAAUUGUUGAAAUUACUCUACCAUAAUGUUACACUGGAUUUAAGUUUAUGUACAAUGCCUUUAUUUAUUUAAACACAUUUUUCAGUUGUAAUCUAAUGAGGUUUUUUUAUUCCUGCUGACCCUUCAUGAAAUUUUUCUGCUGCCUUAUUGAUUCAUUCAGGUUUAAUUUUUAUUUAGGAAAGUUAUUUCGGAAUACUAUAUCACAAAACAUAUUGCUAUCUUUAAUUUUAACAAAAUUCACUUACUUUUUUAGCACUAGUUGCCCAGCACUUCAGAUAAAUGUAUAGGCCUGUGCCUUGUUUAAAUAAAAACAUUUUGUAAUAAUUCAUGUUUGCAAGUUAUAUAUUAGGGUAUUAAUUGUUUAUAUUACCAGGGAUUCUACAUUUUAUGAAAUAAUUCACCAUAAGAUUUUUCUGUUCCAUUUAAAAAUUGUCUUGAUAUUAAAAAAUAACUUCUACAUUCUCAGGAAGAAAUAUGUGAAGUAAAUCAUAUUUCCAUAUACUUUCACAUUUCUCUCAUCUUUUACUGCCCUAAUACAUUCCUAAUUCCUCAUAAAUUUAGUGGCUUAAAUACUGAUUACCUGGCAGCUCUUAUAGAUCCCUGAGGUAGAUAAUAAUUUUCAGUGCUUUGUUAUAUUUAAUAGGAGUCGUCUAGUAGUAAGAUUACAUGGUUUAAAUUAUUUAGGUUUUCUGCAACAAUUAGAUGUGAACCUUUAUUGUAAUGCUAAUGUUUGUAAAUUUUUUUAUAGUUAAAAUUAUUUAUUUUUAUUUUUUUAGGAUAUGUCAAGAACAUGUAGUGUUUACUUUCUGAAAUGUAUUUGCCUAGAAUUGUAAAAUAUACUGUGACUUAGAAAUUCCAUAAUCUCUUUUGCACUGUAAAAAUUAAUACUACCAGCAUGUCAAGAAAAAUAAUUUGCAUUUGUACUAUAAAGUAAAAUUGUUUCUAAUUUAUGUUAUGGGGAUUUUAAUUUGCACUAACUAGAAAACUUUAAAGGCUCUGUUAAAAUACAGAUUGAUGUGGACUCAAAUACCAAAUUUGGCCAUUCAAUAGAAUGGUUGAUAGUUUUGUGCAAUUGUCCUUCAAAAUAAUAGUAAAGCAAGAACCAGCACUUUAUAUUCAGAAA